CUGCACUUGCGAUUUUGGAACCAAAUUCUCACCAACCUGGACUACAUCUUCGACAUUCCGCUGGCUCGGAAUACCGCCCUAGAGUCCUCAUUCCUAUCCUUCAGCCAGGCCAUAACUUAUGCCUGUUCGCCGGUGCUUGACAAGGUCACAAAGGACUCACCCUUCAACAAGGUUCUUUUCGCUGCUGAUAUUCAGGUAGGUAAAGCGACUUGCCCUGUCAUAAAUAGCACAGGCUUUGAGUAA